AUGGAAGAGUACUUCCGGCGGCCCUCCUAUCGGCCUGCAGCCGCAGGAGUCGGCGGCAGGAACCCUGAGAUCAGCGAUUCAAACAUGUUAAAAUACGUGAACAAAGUUUACUUCGGCCGGUCAUCUCAGCCGCCAGCCUUGGAUCCAUCUCCGUUCGAUCGAAAACAAAAUGCUAAGAAGAAGAGGAAGGAAGAGUCUCGUACAACGAGCAAGUCAUGGUGGAACGAACCCAAGAUGAAGAGGAAGAGGCGGCUUGCCAAGUACAAGAUGUUUGCCCUUGAAGGGAAACUCAAAGAGUCUCUAAAGAAAGGGAGCAGAUGGAUCAAGAAGAAGUAUUGUAAGAUUGUGCAUGGCUACUAA